UUUUAGUAAUACACAACUCAUUUUGAGCAUCGACUAAUGGACACCGACAGAGGAGCCGACUCCAACAGACUAAAGAACCGGCAGGUCGAGAAGAUCCGUCCCUAAUGACGCAGCAUCAUCGACGCAUGCGCAAUACGUUUGGCUAACAAUGUGGCAGCGCUUGUCAAAUCCCUUCAUACGGCUCAAUCAAACGCAAAGUUAUUUAACAUCUAAAUGGUUCAAAGCUCUGCUCGUCCACCGACUGUUCACUAGUGGUGCUGAGCUGACCUACAGCUAUGAUGGGCUGUACCCUGGACACAUCCAGACCACCUCCUUCCAGAAAGCACUGCUGGCCGUCGGAUCAGGAGUGGCGGCUCUGCAGGACCCCUACAGACACGACAUGGUUGCUGUGCUUGGAGAGACUACAGGACAUUUAGCGCUUAUAAAUCUAAGGGAGCGGAUGAAAAAUGACCCCGAGGGUUAUACGAUCCUGACAGAAAGGCCAAGAAUCCGUCUGUCUACACUCGAUCUGGAAAAGAUGGCUUCCCUACCAGAUGAGUCGUUUGGACGAGAGUAUCUCAGAUUUCUGGAGGACAAUAAAGUGACGCCUGACUCUAGAGCGGAGGUGAAGUUUGUGGACAACGAGGAGCUAGCUUACAUCAUGCUGAGAUAUAGAGAGGUCCAUGACCUGUUGCACACCUUACUGGGCAUGCCCACUAACAUGCUGGGUGAGGUGGCGGUGAAAUGGUUCGAAGCCGCUCAGAUGGGGCUUCCCAUGUGCGCCCUGGGAGCCGUGCUGGGGCCACUUCAGCUGAAUGCAAGUCGUUUACAGUCACUCUUCACAUCUUUGGGCCCCUGGGCCCUGCAGAACGGCAGGCGGGCCCGCUGCGUCCUCAGCAUCUUUUACGAGAGGCGAUGGGAGCAGAGCCUGGAGGAUCUUAGGCGGGAGCUGAACAUCGAGCCACCUCCACUCACACUAAGUGCCUCAAACAAGAGGAGGAGACAAAUAUAACAAGAACCUCGUCAUAAACUGAUCAGCAGCCAAACCAAAAAUAUUUGAAGAAUGGCAGUGUGGGAUUUUUGUCUUGUGGGAUGUAAUUAUCUACAGAGGACAUGGGGGAAUUUUGAUUUUGGGAAAGACUGGCUCAUUUAUCUUAUUCACAAAAAGCAUUCAUUGACUCCGUUUUCAACGUGUGGCAUAUUUAAGUUUCCAUUUCCUUCUUAUUGUGACUUCAUCCUUCAAGAACUUCAGCAGUCAGUUUAGAAUGUGAUUCGUUUGGAGCAGGAAAUACCAAAGCUACACUUCAGAUCCUAAAAAUGAACGGUUCUAUUAGCAAAUAUAAUUUUCACAUUUACAUAAUGGCCAUUAUUAUCCACAAUCUUAUUUACUAGAACCUGAUAUCAUCUCUCAACAGUCUGUUUAAGUGCUUCUGAUUAAACCUGUUUUAACCGAGUGGUUUAAGUAGCGUUGGUGCAGCUGCAUCUGUUUAACCUUUAAACAUUCUUCUCACUAAAACCACUUUUAGCAAGAAUGCCAUCAACAUGAAAUAAAAUGGUGAGCAGAAGUUUCAUUAUCCGCUUUUUGUUCUGACUAAUAGCACAUACCUAAUAAUGAUCAGGUGCAGUAAAACCACAUUACCAGGAAAUGAGAGUCCAGGAAGUCUGCGAUUAAUUUACCCAGAAGUUCUGUAGAAAUGAUACUAAUAUACAGCUGGUCUUCCCCCAAUCGGUUUUUCAUUUCUGCAGAAAAUAGAGAGCAUUUGUCACUGCCCAACAUUAAGUAUAUGAUUACAGAGAAUUAAGCUUGUAGAGACGAUUGAAAUAUUAAAGAUUAUGUGUAACUUUUAAAAGUGAACUUUUGACAUAGAGCACAAAUAGUCCAGCCGUCAUUGUUGUAAUACAUAGUGUGAGUUUGCAACUAAAUUAUGAUUUUAUGUAAAAUGUAAAUAGCCGUGGAAAACAAAACAAGACACAAAAAAGCGUGUGGUUUCAUGUUUUAACCUAACUGCUUUCAAUGCUUUAAAUAUUUAGAAUGUUGUAUAUGUUCUGGAUAAAAUAAGUUUUGGGACUAGUCAACUUUUUUUUUUUCUGGAAAAAUAUUUCAAGUGAGGCAAAUGAUAUAAAGUCUUCACAUACACAGAAAUCAACUCAAUUUUUUUUUUACAAUUUUUGAAAUAAGUAUUGAGUACAAAAUUAUAAACGGCCAACAAGAUAAUCCAGUCCUAUUAGAUAUCAGUACAAAUUAAUAUUAACUGGUUAAGUCCUAAUUAGUGUUACCUAUAAGGGCGACAUUGGAAAGAGGCAUCUAAUUGUUCUGUUUCCAUGUGUAUAGAGAAUCUCCUUUUGAAAACAUCUGUUUUGCAUUAUAUUGAAAGCAAUGACUCCAAUAGCCAUUUUUAAUAAAAAAAUAAAAUAAACAGUGUAUCCAGAAUUGGUGAUGACUCUAAGAAUAUAGUAACUUUGCGUAUUAGUUAAUAACGCAAUUAUUUUUAGAGUUGAGAUGAUAAAAUAUAAUAAAUACAUGUGGCACUAAAAACUUGGUUUGUAAUGUGUAUUUUUGUUAGAUUGUAAAGUUUUAAAUGUAAAAAUGUAACUCCAGAACAAGAGUAAGGACCGGAGGUGGAAACAUAAUAUGAGGAUGUUUUUCACAUGUUGUACUUUAUACACCUGGGGAAAGAAUAAGAGAAUAAACAAGCAGAGAUUCUUAAAAGGUAUCUAAAGAUGGAUUUUUUUUUUUGCCAGAUAUCGACCCCAUUGUUCUGAAAACGUAAUUACGAUAAGAAGUGUUUUUUACAUCAUAUAUUUUUUAAAGUAUAUCUGCAUAUUCUUUGCAGUUGCAUUUUAUUUCAUGUAAUUAAUUGACUAACUUAUGUGGUAAAGAUAAUUUGAAGCCACUUGCAUGUGUUAAGCAAGGAAAAACUUUUCAUUAAGCUACCAUUUCUCCUUUAAAAUGUGUUAUUUGACUCUGAUCUUAAAAUGUCAUGUUGUCAUUAUCUGUUAGUCGAAAUUAUAAUUAACAGACUUUAAAACAUCAGUCUGUGUGUAGUCUAAUGUUUUUCACCUAGUAAACUGAGUCACUGAAUUAAACUUUUCAACACUUUUCUAAUUUACUGAAUAUAAAAACUUACUUUUAAAAUUCAAUUAUAUGCAAAAUAUAGUACACAGUAUGUUUAGUGUUUGAAGGUUAGUCACCUUCAGAAUGGGAAAAGAGUGUUUUGACUCUGAGUAGUUGAACAAAGCAGGAUGUUAUUUCAACCAGGGAAACUUUAAAAACACAGGUCUGUGCACUGUUUUGCAGAAAUCUAAGCAGAACAUAGAAAAAAAUCCCAAAGAACUAUAAUCACAGCUCCUUUUUGUAGGCGUACACACAGCACAAACAGUUUCCCAUAUUUCGCUUUUCGACCUCUUAGCAUAUUUUAGUCUGCCUCUAUAUAUAGUUCCUACUGAAAAUCCCCUUCAGAGUCAACAUGGGUACCAGGAUACAGGGUGUCGUCACAGAGAACAGUUUUCUCCAGGAACACUUGGAUAUAAACUCCUUGUUUGAACCAGCAUGGCUCUAUCCCAGCCUGACAUGAGGUUUCAGGUUUUACUGUUAUGGAAACAGAUUGUGUCUCCUGGAAGCAGUCUGACGUCUGUUUUUGGUUUCUCCUAACACCCCCUGUGCACAGCUCAGGCUGGCCUCAAUGAAUCAUAUGAAGGACUGAGCAUGUAGAAUAAUAAUGGAAAUAAAAUAUACACAAAUAUAUGAAAUGAACUUGUAUCUUGUGAUGAAAAUGUUCUUUAGGGGGUCCAAGUUAGUGUAUGUGGAGGGUUUUUUUUUCUGUAUUGAUACUGGGUUAUAGGAAUCUAAGGUUGUAUGUUACAGAACAUUUAUUUUUAAUGUUUUGAUAUUUCCUUUUUUUCAACUUGAACUUUUAUUAGGCAACAUAUUAUCUCAUGAAUGUACCUGCAGUAUAUAUGUUCUGUAUUGUUGUUGUUGUUUUUUACAGUGUUCUUUGUGUGUUCUUGUGUCACUGAGUGAAGAUAGAAAUGACCUCUGAGAGCUAAAAUCUGGUAUAAAAUACAUUUUCCUUUGAGAUUAAUGCUUCUGUACAUGAUCCCUGUUCAAUAAAAUAAACAAACAGUAAGGUUUUA